GUCACUUUAAUUUUUUUUGUAUAGAAAGAAAACAAUUUUCAUUCAUUUGUUUUAUCUAAUUGCCAAUGAUUUAACGUUUAAAAUGCCGAUAUUUUAUACUAAAGAAGGAAAAUUAUCAUACAAAUUACAUGAAAUUAAUUAAAUUUUGCAGUAGUAUUUCUAGCCUACAUAGAAAUCAAUGGUAUUUAAUCUUUGGUACUAUAAAUAUCUUAAUUAUCUACUAGUAUAAUAGCACUUUUUCCUUAUGUAUGGUACAUCUAUAUAUUUUAUUGUAAAUGUCUAUUUAUUAUGAAAAAAAUGUCUCUUGCCUCGAUAGUAUUAUUCCGAUUACAUAUAAGUUGAAUAAUGGUUGAGAUUUUUUAAGAAUCCACAAAAGUUUUCGGGUUGUAGGAAGUAUUUUCAUAUGAAAAAAAGAUAGGCUAUAUUUUCUGAUAAAAGCUUUGCUUGUAAUGUCGUUAAUUUCUUCAUAGACGUGAAAAGGAUUUAUAAUUUUCAGAUGUCUUAAUAAUAUUCGAUGGGUCAACGAAAGGUGGCGGCGUCGUCGAAAAUUAUAUGUAAAUGAAAGCGGUAGCAAAGCGACGCAAAAAAAAACCGAUUUCCAAUUGAUCCCAACAGUGACGAUGGCUUCCAAUUUCGCUCCGGAAUUAAUAUUUUUAUUAUUCAAAGCUGGGGAUGCCAUGCUUGAACCAACUUUAAAACUGUUUCUUUACGAAUCAGUUCAGCAGUCCGGUGAGAAUGAUGCGACAGCACAAGAAAGAGGAGCAACUUAUAUGUUAUUGCACAAGAUUGUUAUAAAUUUACCAGCAUUAGUAUUAGGCUUAGUAUGUGGUGCGUGGAGUGAUAAAGUUGGAAGAAAGUUGCCCAUGAUGUUACCUUGUGUCGGAGCAGUUCUUGGCGCUCUGGCCUAUAUCGGUAGUGAAAUGUUUUACCCUCAUAUUCUUCCGUUAGUGUUGGUGGGAGCAGCCGUCCGAGGGUUAUUGGGAAAAUCAGCCGUAAUUAGCAUGGCAUUACACUCGUAUAUUACGGAUACAACUAGUACGGUUAGUCGCACUACGAGAUUGGCAAGAUUAUUAUCUAUGAAUUACUUUGGUUAUUUUUUCGGCUCCCUAUUAGCUGGAAUUUUACUAGAUGUCGUAAGAUUCAACAUUGUAUUCAGUAUUGUAGGACUUAUUAACGCUAUUACAUGCCUAAUAAUUGUAUUCUGUCUAGAAGAGACAUCUGAACUAGGCAUUGCCAAUUCCGAUCUUUUCUCCAUACAAAAUAUGAAAGAAUCGUUUAGUGUUUUAACCAAGGAAAGAUCGCAGCGAUUUCUUUUACUUUCAUUCAUAAGCUUGGUAACGCUCUGGCAAGUUUGCAAAGCUGGCGAAGUGGAUGUCACAUUGUUGGUUGUCGAACGAAAACCGUUGAAUUGGCGUCACGCUUUAUAUGGCUACCUAUUGGCUGCCGAUUACGCUUGUUUAGGUCUCGGUGUGUUGUGUUUACUGCCAAUAUUAUCAAAAAGAAUGCAUGAUGUGAGCUUGGUACUAAUAGGUAUCUUCUUCAAGUUUGGUCGCGUCAUUUGUAUAGCCGUUGGCGGUAGUUCAUACGUGAUGUUUGCUUCCGUUGUCGUUGGAGCUCCUGCCUCAAUGGUUGUAUCCGGUAGUAAGUCAAUCGUAUCCAAGCUUGUUCAGUACGACGAAGUUGGGAAGAUAUUUUCUCUUAUGUCCACCGGCGAAACAGUAUCUAAUUUAAUAGGAGCUGUUAUAUUUACGACCGUUUAUAAGAUAACACUUCCAAUAUGGCCUCCAACGGUCUUUGUAAUUGAAGCUGUUUUCUUCUCAUUAUUAUUCUUGGUUAUUCUAUGCCAAGCUUCACAUAUUAAACAGUGUACUCCUAAUGAAGAUGAAACCUGUAAUGAAAGUAAAAGGGACAAAACUCCACUCAUCCCAAAUAUUAAACAUACACCACCCACACCAGAAAAAUUUAGCGACCCAACGUACUCAUCGACUGUCGAGAAACACGUGUCUUUUUCGGAUUGUUUAAUCGAGAAAAAGCAUACCGUUCGCUUCAAUUAAACUCUUUAUCAUUAUAAAAGGAUGAUAUUGGUCGAUUUUCUUCAUGUAUUUUGGGUUUAAGAACAUAAGGGUAAUAUAAAAAUCAAGGGCGUUUGUCAAUUGGUAAUUAUUGAUCUGUCUCAGGCGUCAUGUGCUUUUGACUGUAGAGCAUAGUUUCUAGUCGUUAACCUAAACCUACUCUAUCCUUAUACUGAAAUACAAAAUUGUUAUGGCCCUGUUCCACUGGCAUGAUCACUAUUACUUAUUUCUAUCUUACAUGGCAAUUUCGCUAUUUUCAAGUUUUAGGAAAUGGAAAGUCGAUUUUCACUUUUCCUUUUUAACAAUGAACAUUUUAUAGACUUUUUUCGAUCGCCCUUCCUUUUCCUUUAAAGGGCAGCGUUAAACAAAUACCGUUACCAUAUAAGGUAAUUUUGCUGUUUUCAGGUUUUUAUAUUUGAAAAUUGCUUGGAGUGUUUUUUGUUGCGAAAAAAACAAUAAUCAAACUAGUUUAUAUUAUUACCUUGCCCUAUCCCCUAAAGGAUAAUUCAACAAAAAAUAUAGUUCUUGAACAUAAAAAACGUGUCCAUUUUCCAUUUGUAUUACUCCGUUGUGACUCUACUCAAUUCUUACAUAAACACUUAGUAUAAAAAAUUGUUUUUUGGAGCAAACUGCGAAAGUAGUCCGAUAAGCAAAUUUUCAGUGUAUAAAAAGGGCAAAAUUUUCAGUGUUAAUCGGAGUCUUGGCUUUGUCCAGGGUAUCCCGAUGUGGAACUCUUUCACAGAAGUCUGCAUCUAUUUCGUCGUCAUAAGGAACAUUUCAAUGUUAUCGUAUUGCAACAGUUGUUUUUUGCUCCUGCUCUGGUCCGGUCUUCCACCGAGAAGUACGUGUAUCUGCCCUCGUGAUUCCGGAUCGGAUAGAAAAUUUUUCACUUGCUGAAAGCUUGCCAAUGUCUUCCCUCUCCCUUUCAUUGGGGGCUGGGUUGAUAGGCAUGCCUUUCGGAGUGUGACUAUGUAACCUUGUUAUGGCACGAAGACAAUCUAUACACUUUCCACAAAAAAACCUCUCCUUUUGGAUGGGUGAUACAAUUCGCUAAAAUCCUUUAUUUUCGUGAUUGAUUGGAUGCAAUAUUAAUAUUUCGACAAACUUCUUACAAAAAAUGAGGAAGAUCUGAAAGCAAAUUAUUUGUCUUUUGUUUUGUCAAAAUUAUAAAUAAUAAGUGACCAAUACAAUAUAAACUUUGUUUCUUGAAACACACCUUUCGCCUUUUUACAUUUUAAUAGGAAUAUGUAAAAUGCAAAUACAAUAUUUUAGAUGUUAUAAUAUAUGCAUUGAUAAAUCAAAAUAGUCGUAUCACGUCUAAUAUCCCUUUUCUAAAUGAGAGUCGAUUUUUUAUUAUAUUCUUAGAAAUUUUUUUUCUUGAAAAUUCGCACCUUUUUAUAAACCAAUAAUUUAAUUAGUCAUUGGGAAUUCUCCUCGAACGGAAACUCCUAAUAAAUAUCUUUCCUUUCUUUUGGCUAGAAAAUUGAUUAUAAUGCUUGAUGAAUAUACAAAUAGCCAUAUGUCAGAUUUGAUCAAAUGAAUUUAUUCAUUUCUUAUCAUUCUGCACAACAAUAAAGAAAUAACAUGUUUUAAUUGUUUUCGAUUCGCUAACACGGAGAAAAGGUUUGCUUUGACACUCUGGCAAAGUAGGUCGUUUCAAUGUCAAAUAUAUUGUCUUUAAACCCAAUAAACUAGUCGGAAAAGUUAUCUAAACUACGAAUUACCAUAAUUAUUUAUACGUAUAAACGUUCGAUAUAAUUGAUUCCAGUGAGAGAAAAUCUAAUUUUCAUAAAUAACGAAAGGAACAUUUAAAAGGUUUGUAACUGAAAACGACAUCUAUGGGAUAUAAAAAUGUGUUUUUGUUAAAGAGAGUUUUCUCUUGGAGAACACAAUGAAUAUUGGGUUAAAGAUUACGCUGGAAAAAGUUCCAAAAAUACUGACCAACUGUCUCUUCUAUUCUUCACUAGCUUAUAAAUAGUUUCUCCUUUAAAAUGACUUAAAGAAAUUCUUCUUACGAUUUCAAAUCUUUUUUCUUGAGCCAAUCUAAUUCGAAUGCUCCAACUUUCCAAAGUGACUUGGGUAAGCUACA